AUGUUCAUUUUGUUUCCUGUUCUCUUAUUUAUAUACACACAAGAAAAAACCCUCCUUUAGUCGAAUGCUGCUGUGACGACUCUGUUUAGUUGUUCCUUUUCUUCCUCGGCAACAACAACACCCUUCCUUCUCCUCACUCCCUAUCCGCCAAAAUCUCUUCUUCUUCUUUUUUUUUUUUUUCCUUUUCAUAUCUGAUAGCUGCAAAACACAAACCACCAUGUCUGGUCUGUAUAAUUAUAACUUCUCACCUUCUCGAGCCGCUUCUCCCCAGAUUAGAACCACUUCCUCCGAUGUUGACAGUCAAUACUUAUCUCAAUUGUUAGCAGAGCAUCAAAAGCUUGGACCUUUCAUGCAAGUCUUACCUAUAUGUAGCCGACUUUUAAAUCAAGAAAUUUUUCGGAUCACCGGAAUGUUGCCAAACCAAGGGUUUACCGAUUUUGAUAGGUUGCGGCAUCGAAGUCCUAGUCCAAUGGCUUCACCAAAUCUAAUGUCUAAUGCUCCCGGUGCUGGAUUAGGUGGUUGGAAUGGUCUUCCACCAGAGAGAAUAGGUGGUCCUCAUGGAAUGGCAAUGGAGUGGCAAGGUGCGCCUGCUAGCCCAAGUUCAUACCCAGUGAAGCGUAUCUUGCGUUUAGAUCUUCCAGUUGAUACCUAUCCGGAUUUCAAUUUUGUUGGAAGGCUUCUGGGUCCUAGAGGGAAUUCGUUGAAGCGUGUGGAAGCAACUACGGGUUGCCGUGUGUAUAUUAGAGGGAAAGGAUCAAUUAAGGAUCCUGACAAAGAAGAGAAACUGAAAGGGAAGCCUGGCUAUGAGCAUCUCAAUGAGCAGCUGCAUAUCCUCAUUGAGGCUGAUCUUCCAAUUGAUAUUGUGGAUAUAAAGCUGCGGCAGGCCCAAGAAAUUAUUGAGGAGUUGGUCAAGCCCGUGGAUGAGUCACAUGAUUACAUCAAGAGGCAGCAGUUGCGAGAGCUCGCGUUACUGAAUUCAAACUUGAGAGAAAACAGUCCAGGGCCGAGCGGUAGUGUCUCUCCUUUCAAUUCAAAUGCAAUGAAACGGCCAAAAACAGGGCGCUAAGAGCAUGAGAGAUCCUAGAUAAAAAAAAUAUAUAUAUAUGUGUAUAUGUGUAUAACUGGCCUAGUGGUGUUGGUUGCGUCUGCUCUUGGUUCUUCUGCUUACCCUCUGAUCCACACACUGAUGCCUAAACACAGCACCAAGAGAAGCCCAACAGUUUCUCAUGUUUUCCUCCUUAACAGGGGGUUGAUACAUUUGUAAACCAUUAAAGAUAGAUAAUUUGGAUUUAUUCAUGUGUUGAAGUAGUUGUAUUCUUGACUUUGGAUUGAAGAUCUAGUUACGUGUAUAUGGGGAUAGAUACACCAAUGGAGUUUAUGAUUUUGCUUCCGUUGA